UCAGACUUCAUGGUGGUUUGGUGGUAUUGCAUUUGCAUUGAUUGCAGGAGUCAACAAAGACGAUGAAAAAUAAGCCAAGUUUUGUGGGGAAAGCGAAGCAAAAUCUCAUCCAUUCCCGAAUAUGAACAUGACAACACCUGGCAGCCAGCUACGAAUUAAUUCCCAAUUUCAAAAGAAUGGGAAGCCAGCCUCCACAAAAGCCUGGGCUGGUUGUUUUCGACCUUGAUUACACCCUUUGGCCAUUUUGGGUAGACACACAUGUCACUCCUCCAUUCUUUCUUAAAGGGCCGAACAUUGUAGAUUCUGAUGGGCAAACAGUGAAACAUUAUCUCGAAGUUCCUCAAGUUUUGGAGUUUCUAAAAAAUGAAGGCAUUCCAAUCGCCGCUGCGUCCCGAACUAGUGAAAUUUCUGGUGCUAAUCAACUCCUGGACCUUUUUGGAUGGGACAAGUAUUUCAACUAUAAAGAAAUUUAUCCUGGAUGUAAACUCCAUCAUUUCAAAGUAUUUCAACGGGAAACAGGACUCCCAUACACUUCUAUGAUAUUCUUUGAUGACGAAGAAAGAAAUAUUCGAGAUCUCAGCAAAGUGGGGGUACACUGCGUAUUUGUCAAGAAGGGGGUGGACAUGAAAUUAGUCAAAGAUGCGUUACUCGAGUUCCCUAAAAAGUUCCAUCCGCAUACAAAAUAAUGAUUGCCGACAAUGCCGACUCUAUAAAACACAUUGCUUUUAUAGUUUCUUUUAGCAAUGUACAAAACUAAACGAAAAUAGUUGCGACAAGCAAAAUUUGCAAAAUUUUAUCAUAUAUACAUACAUGAUUUUUAUAAGUAAAGCAAACAGUAGACUUGUACUACUUGUAAACGUCUUUAUAUAAAUAACCCUUUAUUUAUUGGACCAAUUACUUAAAGAGAAAAUAGAAACAAAUUAUUAAACAGAAA